CUGUCUAGGUAGCUAUUCUACUUCCAGUAUUGAUAUCUGGCUCAACUUCAAAUGAAACUCUGCUAGGUACAUACUCCAUUAUCCAGAUCGGAUGACCUGGUCUUCAAUUACAAAUCCGGAUUGAGGCAGAUGCGGAUACACACAUAGACAUCGUAUCUAUUUUCCAGGUCAAGACGUAUGGUAAUAUGACUGAAAGACCCGAAACUCCUUUCCGCCGCACCAUGAAUGCUGGCUCAUCUCCAGUAGAUGCAAGCUAUUCGAGAACGCCCAGUCGUGGCUCGAGGCUUGGCGGUUCAGAGCUUAGGACUAAGGCUCUUACACCUCAUGGGAGAGCGGCUUUACGAGAAGUUGAGGCCCGACGAGCAGGUUUAACUCCGGGAAAGGACAGGAGGCGAAGUGGCAGACAGCAAAGAGAGACACCCCGUGAUAUAUUAAGGUUAUUGAGUAGAACCUUAGCUCCUCAGACACGCCCGACAGUUCCAUCCCCUCAAAGGGUACCUAGCAAUUCCAGAAGGCAAACCCUACUUUUAGAUGACGACUUUGACGACGGCCCAAAUCUUGUCCCCCCUCGACUUUCUUUACCCCUGGACGAUGAGAAUGACGACGAUGAUAACGAGGAUGACGAAAGCCUUUUACUUCCGAGCCUGGCGGCUCUCGAAGACGAAAAUCUGACGACGCGAUCCAUCGAGCUCCCGAGGAGGGCUGUCAACGAAAAGCCAAACAAGCUAUUUUCAAGGAGUAGUUUUGGUAGUACUCGUGGAAGCUACCGUUUUGGACACUUGAAUGAGGCGGAGCUUGGAGGAGAUGCCAUGGAACCGAGUUUUUUUGGUGGGGAUGAUUACGAGAAUGAUGAUUUCCCUGAGAUGGGAAACUCCCCAUUCUUUGGAAGGUAAGUCAAGGGGCUUGAAUCCUAUAGCCCUCUUCUCUGUACUAACGUAAGCCAGUGACCGCGCAGGAGUAGAUGGGGAGUUCGAAACUAGGUUGGAUCGUCGCUCUCUUCUACCAGGCCGGAGUAGUGAUAUCAGACCGUACAAUUCGCCAUUCGAGGAGAGAGACGCAACUUUUGUGUUUACAGUCCCGCAGCCAGAAAUUUCAAUGCAACCUGAGUCUUCUCCAUCACCCGAAACUACUCAAAUUGGAGGUUUUGUUAUGAACGAACCUUCUUCGCCCGCUUACAAUACCAAAGGAGAUGAUUUCACAAUGGAUGAUGAUGCCAUGAAUGACGAGUAUGACUCCCGAAGGUUGUCGAUUGAAACAUUCGAAAACUCUCGCCUUAGUGUUGACGAAGCCUCCAAGGCAACACCGAUUGAGGAGGCCACACGUGAAACUUGGCAUAGGACGUUCCGGAAAAAGAACAAGAUCUCAAAGCAUGGGUUGAAAUACUCGUCAUUACCCUUAGUUGUGGUAAAGAAGAAUGCCAUUAGUUUAGCUCGGAAUGGAGGUGGCAAAGGAGACAAGCUCAGUCGGGAUGCUCUAGAUGCGAUUAUGCAGGCAACAGACUGGUUCUUCGAACAAAUUAGUGAUGAUUUGGGCACAUACGCAGAACAUGCAGGGCGAAAAACAAUCGAUGAGAGUGAUGUUUUGAUGCUCAUGAAAAGGUAUUCAUCCGAAUAUAAUUAGAGACCUGAACACAUGCUGAGUAUUUUACAGACAACGCCAGACCAAUGCUACAACAACGCCAUUUUCUCUCGCACAAAGUCGCCUGCCUAGAGAGCUCUUACAAGACGUUCGAAUGGACUCUCGGUUGAAAUCGAGAGAUCAAUCACGACAGAAACCACCAAAAAAAUGAGAGGAAGUAUACAUGAUGUUCAAGACCAUUCUUUGUUUUGACGAACCCGUCGAGCGAUAUCUGCGGAGGGUUUCUUUACAACCAUCCAUAGCAUAACGGACGUAGCAGCAGCUAAGGCGUACCUGAGGCGCGCGGUCAGUCGCGUUAGUACAGAUGGCGAGGUCUUAUAAUCCCUGGUAGAUGCUUACCAUGUAAAUAUAUACUGUGUAUGAUUAUUUCGGAGAUUGACCUCUGCCGGCCUUCCUAUUGGAACUCCGCGUGCAGCGCGAUCCCAAGCCAUUAAAAGAUCAGGCUCUUGUAUUUUGUAAGCUACACGUCUUUGAAAUGCAAUAAAAAGAAUAUCUCACCCAUUGUCUCUUCAAUCCAGACUGGUUGGCUUCCUGUCAAUUUUGCCAUUUGCUCAACGUCAGGAAAGUAAAAUUCCU